GGGGGGUGAACCCCCCCCCGGGGCCCUGGGCCUGGUGGGGACUCCAGCUCGGGGGUCGCCUGGCCGACAUCGCCAUGGGGGCGGCGCUGGCGGCCUUGGCGUUCGUGGCCCCCCCGAACCGCUGCGGCGCCUCCGGGGACUCCCCGGAGCCCCCCGAGGGCGGCGGGCGGGGGGGGGAGGAGGCGGGGGGACCCCCCGAGUCCCCCUUCGAGUGUGACGGGGACCCCACGGCCGGGUACCGACCCCCCUCCCCCAUCGACCUGCGCCGCUCCAUCGACGAGGCCUUGGGAGCGCCGGGAAUGUUCCGCAUCGGGAACGGCGGGAUCGGGGGCCCCGGGAACACCGGGAAUACCGGCGGCGGCGUUAUCAGGAGCACCGGGAACGCCGGGAAGGCCAAGAACAAUGGGAUCAGCAUCAUCGGCAGCUCUGGGAAAACUGGGAGCAAUGGGAGCACCGGGAUCAGCGUCAUCAGCACCACCGGGAACACCGGGAACACUGAGAACAUCGGGAACACCGGCACCAGCACAACAGUGUUACCGGGGGUCGGCACAACCCAGGGCAUGGGCACAACUGGGGGAACUGGGAUGGGCACAACUGGUGUGACUGGGAGUGGCACGGCUGGAACAACGGGAACCACCACAGCUGGAACCCCAGGAACCACCACUGCUGGAACCCCAGGAACAGCCACAGCUGGAACACUGGGAGCCACCACAGCUGGAACCCCGGGAACCACCACUGCUGGAACAUCAGGAACCACCACAGCUGGAACAAUGGGAACCACCACAGCUGGAACACCAGGAACUGCCACAGCUGGAACCCCAGGAACCACCACUGCUGGAACACCAGGAACCACCACAACUGGAACAUCAGGAACCACCACAGCUGGAACACCAGGAACCACCACAGCUGGAACACCGGGAACUGCCACAGCUGGAACACCGAGAACCACCACAGCUGGAACACUGGGAACUGCCACAGUUGGAACAUCAGGAACCACCACUGCUGGAACCCCGGGAACCACCUCAGCCGGAACACCGGGAACCACCACAGCUGGAACAUCAGGAACCACCACAGCUGGAACAUCAGGAACCACCACAGCUGGAACAUCAGGAACCACCUCAGCCGGAACACCGGGAACCACCACAGCUGGAACACUGGGAACUGCCACCUCUGGAACACCAAGAACCCCCACCACUGGAACCCCAGGAAUCACUACUGCUGGAACUGCCGGGACCGGCAGCACCGGCACCAAGGGGG